AUGUCUAAAUCUUUGGAUCUCGAAAGCAAGGCCUUUUCUCAAAAGCUGAGCGACAAAAUUGCCAAUAAGCUACGUGAAAACACAGCAUCUAGCACAGGCAAAAAGGGAGGCAAUAAUAAUAGUAAUAAUACUAAAAAGGCUUCUCAAAAUACUGAUAAAAAGUCUAAAAAUUCAGAGAAACCAAGCAAUAAGAAAAAUACACAAAAUAAGGCUACAGGUGGAGCAUCAGUAGUCAAGGAUAAGGAUCUGGCCAAGGAUGUUGGUGAUCUGAUUGAUAGUUUGGGAUUUAAUAACAUUCAAAAAGGAAACAAGCAAUCCGGCAAAAAGAAUAACAAAAAGGAUGCCAAAAUCAAGGAUCGUAAGGAUCAGCAAAAUGGCAAACAACCAAAACAACAACAACAGCAACAACAGCAGCAGCAGUCUUUCAAAAAGGAAAAGUCUUUCAACAACAAGACAUCCAUCAAAAAGGAAAAUAACGACCAUCAGCAACAACAACAUCAACCUUUUAACAAGGAAAAUAAAUCUCAGAAACCCUCAAACACAGUAGUUCGGCCUAAAAAAGAAGGUGGUGCUCUCAAAGAUAUUGACAACAUUGUCACGACCCUUGAAAACACUUUGGAUGACUCUGCUGUAGUCCCCUCUAUUCUUAUCCCAGAACUUCAUAAGGAAAACAAGGCUGUUUUUGAUCCACGAACUGACUGGUACAAUCUUGACGUGACCACUGCUGGUGAAUCUGUCAAAAUCCCCACCCAGCAACCGGAAAUUCCUCUUUCUUAUUCUCGCAUUGAGGCCCUCCACACUCAAGCCAAAGCCCUUCUUUCCAAAGAAAAUGAAAUUUUUAUUCACGAAGGAAACAAGUCUGGAGCCCAAAAGCAGUUUCUUUCCCAGUUGCUUUCUGCAGGUACUCUUAGUGAUAAGAUUUCUGCUUAUACUCUGCUUGUUCAAGAAUCGCCUCUUCACUCAGUAAAGUAUUUCAACGCCAUGCUGGGUCUUUGCCGUAAAAAGUCCCGUGGUAAUGCUCUUCAAAGUAUCGCUGCUCUCAAGGAUAUGUUCAUCAAUGGUGUUCUUCCUGAUAGAAAGCUUCGCUACUUUAAGAACCAACCUACUCUUUCUAACAAAACACCACCUGAGGUACUUAUUCUUUGGGCUUUUGAGGAUUGGCUCAAGGGUUUCUUCUUUUCUCUUGUCCAAAUCCUUGAAAUUCUUUCUCACGACACUGUUUCCUACGUCCGCUCAAGCACUGUUGAUCACAUUUUGGAUCUCCUCAAGUCCAAGCCCGAGCAGGAAGCAAACUUGCUAAGAUUAGGUGUUAACAAACUUGGUGAUAAUGAUAAACAAGUUGCUUCUCGAGUUUCGUACCUUAUUCUUAAGAUUGAAGAAGUUCAUCCUGUAAUGAAUAAGGUCAUUGCCGACUCUGUUUCUGAACUUAUUUUCCGCCCCAGUUCUGAUUACCAUGCUCGUUACUACUCAACAAUCACCCUUAAUCAAACCAUUCUCACCCACAAAAAUAAAGAUGUCGCAAACUCUCUUAUUAGAACUUAUCUUUCACUUUUUGAGCUUCUCUUGGCUGAAACAAGUAAGGAUAAGGAAGCCAAAGCUGAAGAAGCUAAGCCUCAAAAGAAGCCUCGUCAUAAGCACACCAAGGGCAAACAGGCACGCAAAACUCCAGUUAAAACUUCUGAGGCCGUCAAAGAAGAAGAAUUUGACAAGCUUAUUUCUGCUAUUCUCACUGGUAUGAACCGUGCUUACCCCUUUGCCGAUCUUCCUAAGGACGUUUUUGAAAGCCACAUUAAUACCAUUUACCGCGUCACUCACUCGGCAAAUUUCAACACUGGUAUUCAAGCUCUCAUUCUACUUUUCCAAAUGUCUCAAGGCGAAAAGUCUCUUUCCGACAGAUUCUACCGUACUCUUUACGAAUCCUUGCUUGACCCUCGCCUUGCUUCGUCUUCAAAGCUGCGUCUUUACCUUAAUCUCAUGUUUAAGGCUCUUAAACAGGAUACCAAUCAAGACCGUGCCAAGGCUUUUACCAAACGUUUGAUUCAAGUCGCUGAUCACUGGAUUAACAUUGGCGUUAUUUCUGGUGUAAUUUAUCUUAUUUCUGAACUGAAAAAGGCUUCUCCCACUAUGAAGUCCCUUAUUUCUGACAAGCCUGCUGUGGCUGCUGUGGCCAAAAAGCUGGAAGAAAAAUCUGAAGAAAAGGCUGAAGAUGAAGACAAAGAAGUCGAGCUUAUUGACAAGUACGACGGUCGCAAACGUGAUCCUACUUUUGCCAAUGCUGGUAAAACCAAGGUUUGGGAAGCUAUUCCUCUUCUUAAUCAUUUCCACCCCACAGUUUCUUUCUACACUCAACACUACCUGGGCCUUGCUCCUGAAGGUGCCCCCAAGCCCAUCCAGCCUGAUCUUAAUCUGUACACUCUUGCGCACUUUUUGGAUAGAUUUGUCUACAGAAACCCCAAGCAGAAACCUACAACCCAUGGUAGCAGUAUCAUGCAACCUUUGACAGGCUCUGAUCCUACUGGUCUUGUUUUUGGUACCAAUUUGGGUGCCUCUGGACCUGGAAUUGACAAGGCUGUUAAUUUCGAAGACUGGAAGAAUAUGAAGAUUGAUGAUGUUGAUGUUGGUGACCGCUUUUUCUUCAACUAUUUCAAUCUUGUUCAAGACAAUAAGUCUGGUGAAAAGAAGGUUGAAAAGAGAAAAGAAACGGAUGCUGAAGAUGCUGAUUUGGAUGAUGAACAAGAGAUUUGGAAGGCUCUUGUGACUAGCAAUCCUAGCAUUGAGGCUGGAGAAGAAGAUGAAAGCGACCUUGAUUUGUCCAUGUCUGAUAUGGAUGACGAUGAGGACCUGGAAGGUCUUGAAGACGGUGAAGAUGAGGAUGAAGAUGAAGACGAUGAUGAAGAAGACGACGAUUCUGGUUUCUUGAAGGAGGUUGACGAUGAAGAUGGAGUUCUUGGCAGUGACGAGGAAGUCGAUCUUGAGGAAGGUGAUAAUGAUGACCUUGAAGCUCAAUUUGAAGCCGCUCUUGCCAAGGGCAAGACCAAUAAACGCAGCCGUGAUGAUGAUGAAGAUGAGGAAGAAGAAGAGGAAGAGGAUCCCAGAGCUGCUAAAAAGGCAGCAAAGAAGGCUAGACGACAAAGACUCAAGGAUUUGCCAUUGUUUGCAUCUGCAGAGGAUUACGCCCAGUACCUUGUUUCUGAUGACGAAAACUGA